CACGGAAGUAACAUUUGUUUUGGUAGGUGCAUGGUCAGAGCAUCGGAUUACAGUUCGGUGACGAUGUUUCGUCGUAUGUUGGGGAAGACCUUGGGCUUCGUGGGUUAUACAAUCCAGUACGGCUGCAUUGCACACUGUGCCUUUGAAUACAUCGGAGAAUUUGUGGUGUGUUCUGGUCCAUCCAUGGAGCCGACGAUUGUAAAUCAUGAUGUUGUCUUCUCUGAACGCAUGAGUCGUCAUCUUUGUAAAAUACAAAAUGGUGACAUAAUAAUUGCAAAAAGUCCAUUUGACCCAAAUAUGAACAUUUGUAAAAGGGUAAUAGGGCUGGAAGGUGACAAAAUCUGCACAAGUGCCCCUUCAAAUUUUUUCAAGACCCACACAUAUGUUCCAAAAGGCCACGUAUGGCUGGAAGGCGAUAACCUUAAGAAUUCCACUGACUCAAGGAGCUAUGGCCCAAUUCCCUAUGCCCUCAUUCAAGGGCGUGUUUGCUUAAAGCUCUGGCCUCCACAUAGUUUUGGUACCUUGAGCGAAAGCCCAACCCACCACAUCAAUAAAUCUCAGAGGGACUCAGACUGACACAUCCCACGUUUUUGUGAUGUAUCUUCCUGUACUUUGUCUAAAUUUAUUUUUAAAUAAAAUUGCCUUUUAAUCUAUUUUCUUUUUGAUUGUUUUAAUAAAGGUUUAUUUAAUUUAAAAUAAUUUUAGAAGCAUUUUGAAGGCAUACUGAAUUAGAUUUUUCCAGUUAAAAUAUAUAUAUAUUUUUAAUACUCCAGCAUUCUUACACACCUAAUUAAUGAAAAUAUUUUG